AUGGCUGUGACCAUUGAGAUCUCCCUCCUCAGCGGCCGUCGGGCUCUGGUCCGGGCCCGCUUAGACGACACGGUGAAUGAGCUUCGGAAAAAUGCUGAGAGGCAGCUGGGACUGGAUCUUGGCGUGCUGCUCACAGAGGAGGGCCGCGAACUUCUGGGCUUCGGUACCCUCCUGGAAGCCGGGCUACGUGAGGGCGGUCGUGUCAGUGGCACCGUGCGAAGGACGGAGCUGAUCUCGGCGUACGGCUGCCUGCAGCGCAGCGGGGAUGCUUGGCCUCUGGAUCUCUUGUGGGAGCUGGAGGCCUUUGCUGCGCUUCGGCCAGAUGGCAGGGUGAUCACAUGGGGAGACCCUGGAUGCGGCGGUGAUAGCAGUCAGGUUCAGGAUAGGUUGGUCGGAGUGCAAAGCAUCAGCGCGGCAUCGCGAGCGUUUGCAGCUCUUCGCUCAGAUGGGGCUGUGGUGACGUGGGGCGAUCCCACAUAUGGUGGAGACAGCGGGCCUGUGCAGAAGCAGCUGCGUAGGGUCAAAAGCAUCCAUGCAGCAGCAUAUGCGUUUGCGGCUGUUCGAAUGGACGGCGCUGCAGUCGCCUGGGGCGAACAUCGCUACGGUGGAGAUUGCAGUGCCGUGCAACAUCGGCUCUCAGAUGUUGUUGAUGUGCGAAACACUGCACAUGCUUUCGCUGCGUUACUCGCAAAUGGACGAGUAAUUACCUGGGGUGCAAUAGCAAGCGGUGGCGACAGCGAUGCUGUGCAGGCAGACUUGCGGAAUGUAAUACGCAUUCAUGCAACAGUUUUUGCCUUCGCUGCACUGCGGCGUGACGGCUCCGUGGUGACCUGGGGGGAGCCGGAGUACGGUGGCGACAGCCGCACAGUUCAGCACCUUCUAACCGAUGUCUCCGAAAUCCGCGCUACGGCGCGGGCAUUUGCUGCUGUCCGCAAAGAUGGGGUUGUCCUGGCUUGGGGCCACAAUCUCUACGGAGGUGACUACAGUGCUGUAGCUGGGCAUCUUCAAGACGUCCGGCAGCUGUAUGCUAGCGCUGCAGCAUUCGCUGCACUUCGCUGGGAUGGUUCGGUGGUGACUUGGGGUGAAGCAGAGUCUGGUGGCACUAGUGCAGCUGUGCAGCAUCAGCUUCGGGAGAUACAGCAGAUCCACGUGGCCGUGCAUGCAUUCGCCGCCUGCCGCCUCGAUGGCUCCGUCGUGACGUGGGGCGACCCUCGUUGCGGCGGAGACAGCAGCCAAGCACAGUCGAUGCUGAAGGACGUUCAGGACAUCUGCGCCGGUGCCUAUGCCUUUGCUGCGUUAUGCGCUGAUGGCACAGUCCACUCCUGGGGGGAGCCCGCAUUCGGCGGAGAUAGCUCGGCCCUGCAAGAAGAGCUGUUCGACAUACAAGACGUGAAGUCCAGCGCUUGUGCUUUCGCAGCCUUGAGGUCCGAUGGCCGUAUCUUCACGUGGGGUGACCCUCGCUGCGGUGGCGACAUCGAUGGACCCCAGUUUGGCAAGGCGACAGGGUGGGAGCAUGCCAUCUCGCUUUUGCAUGACAUGGAGCAGCACUCGCUGGUGCAAGGCACGGUGAGCUUCAAUGCUGCUUUGAAUUCGCUUGUCCGCCAGGGAGGACACUGCUGGGAAACCUCGAUAUGCUUCCUUUCGAGGAUGGUGCAGAUCCGGCUGGAGCCAGACGAAUUCAGCAUGAGCCCGUCGAUCGCUGCUCUGGGAGACAGCGAGGGCUGGCCUGUGGCCCUCACACUGCUGGGCGGCAUGACUACUCGUGGCUUGGAGGCCUCCGCCUUUCCACGCAACGCGGCACUGGCCCGACUGGAGGAUAGCAGUCAGUGGCAGACGGCCAGCAGCAUUCUCGAGGCUGCCUGGCGCAAGAGGAGCUCGCCGGAUGUGCUGGCCUGCAAUUCGGCCAUCAGCAGUUGCAGUCGAGCUGGGGAGGCCCAGCAGGCCAGGAGACUCCUGGACAGGAUGCCAGAGAUGCGGCUGGCUCCGGACACCGUCAGCAUCAAUGCUGCACUGUCGAGUGCAGACUGGUCUGAGGCACUCGAGCUCCUGGCCUUCAUGUCCGAUCACGAUCUCCAGGUUGAUGCGUUUACAAUCAGCACCUCCAUCCGUGCCUCGGCUGGAGAGCGAGGUCGGCAGCUCUUCCGGGAACUGUCUCAGCGUGGAGUAGAGCUGAACCAGGUUGCAUACAAUGCCGCAAUCGGGGCAUGUGCUUCCGGCGGGCGCUGGCAGGAAGCCGGUUCGCUCCUCCAGGAGAUGGAUGAGGUUGCCAUCGUCCCAGACAUGAUCAGCUUCAACUCGGCUGUGGAUGUCUGCGAAAAGGGUGGACAGUGGCAGAUGGCUCUGCUGCUCUUGGCGGAGGCUGAGAAACGCAUGCUGCGCCUGGAUGCCGUGGGUGCCAAUUCAGCGCUGAGCUCUUGCGAGAAGUGUGGGCAGCUCGGCCCCUCACUGCGACUCCUGGCCAGGAUGGUGAACCUGCGUUUGAGUAACGAGAUAAGCUACACUUGCGCCAUUGGCUCCUGCGAGAAGUCUGGUGACUGGCAGCUGGCCCUCCAUCUCCUGGAGAAGCUCCCCCCGCGUGCGGAGCAUCCCAUGGCCCUGCCUGCCAUCCACCCGGCCGUCUUCCCCGGGCUCUUCAUCAGUGAUGCGGAGGCCGCCGCCCACUAUGCCGAGCUGCGCUCCAAAGGCAUCACGCACGUGGCCGUGGUAGCACGAAGCUGCAAGGCCCAGUUCCCUGGAGCCUUCCGAUACCUCACCCUGGAUUUGCUGGAUGAUGGAACAGACAACCUACUUCCCCACCUGAGCCGUUGCUUCGCCUUCCUAGACGAAGCCUUCCAGGCUCAUGGCCGGGUGCUGGUCCACUGCUUCGCCGGUGCAAGCCGAUCUGCUUCCAUCGUCACGGCUUACUUGAUGCGUACCUGGCGCUUGCCUUUCAGCCUAGCGCUGCAGAUCUUCAAGGCAACGUAUCCGAAUGCCUCGCCGGCCGAGAACUUCUGUGAGCAGCUCAAGGUCUUUGAGGCAGCUGGCUUCUGCCUCGGAGAGGAUGGGGAUGGGCUGCAGGUGCCGGAGGCCGAUCUGAUGAGAGGAGCGCCGCCACAGGAACUUUGGCGCACUGCUCUGAUGGAUUUGUAUAUACGGGACGGGAUGAGCCAUGCAUGCGCGGUGGAGAAUGUCACCGAGUGCCCAUUUACGCAAACUCUUAGCCCGGAGCUCGCCUUGGCUCUGCAGCGGGAGCUUGUCCGCAGCUUGGGUGUCCGGCUACCUGUGGCUACAAGCCCAUCGUCUGUGUGCUGCUGCACGAAAUGCCAGAAGCCUUUGUUUUCCAGCGCCCACGUGCUACAUGAGUGUGCCAGCGGACACUACGUAGAACCGAUGCAGUGGAUGAGCACCUCUGCUUCGGAGGGCAAGCUUAACUGCGAGUGUGGUGCCAAGUUGGGGAGCUUCUCGUGGACUGGGCAAUCCUGUGGCUGUGGCGAGUGGAGGGCACCGGUUUUCUGCAUUCAGAAUAAGAAAGUGGAGUGGAGAAAGAUCGGCUCCAGAGAGGUUCGCUUCGUGAGAAGACUGAUAUUCCAGCGGCGCGGUUCGGCUGGAAUGGAGGGAUCUGAUGUGAUCAGUGCAUGCCCGGGUUCCCAGUGGCCGCUGGCAGUCGACAUGCUGGGCUACAUGGAGCGUGCCAGCGUUUUUCCGCAUGAGAUCAGCUUCAAUGCAGCCCUCGCGGCUGCGGCACGGGGUUCAGCUCCAGCGCCGGUGGCAGCAGCGCUUCUCCAGCGAAUGCGGGCCGCCGAGGUUCAGCCCGAUGCUGGCAGCUACAAAGCAGCAGCUACAAUUUUCGAAACGAGAGACAUGGCGCAGCCAGCGCUGCGCAUCUAUCAAGAAAUGAGCGGCGGCUCGGCAGAUGUCCUGUGGAAGGGCCUCAUCUCCAAAAAUCCUCUGCAUGAGGAUGCCGGGCUUGUCUUCCACGGGGACGGCAUCGUCCACGAGGAUCCCGAGCGCGAGCUCGACGACUCUUGGCUCGAGGAGGAGCUGAUGGGCUUUGGAGCGCCAGAGCUGGAGGUUCACAACGCCAAAUCCACCAUACCAUCAGACAUGGAGCACCAACGUCUUGAGCUUCGGCCCGAUGCCUUGCCGGCGCCACCGCACGUGCCCGUGCGCAAAUCACGGCUUCCGCGGCGACUGUGGGCUGAGGGAUCCCCCGCCGAUCGUCUGGACAAGCACCUGAGCGGCCCGUUCUUCCGCCUCAAGCUGCCGGUGGCGGCAGAGAUCCUUUUAUCGGUUCCUGGCGCCUUUAUGGGCUUUCCGCAUGCCUUCUUCGGGCCGACGCCUUUGCUGUUGGCCUGGCUUUCCAGCCCUUUGGGGCAAGGCCGCCCCACAGCGCUGGCAACUGCAGCCUUGGCCCUGUUGGGUCUUGGCGGCUUUUUCGGGGGCCUGGCGCAGAGGUUUGAUUUCAUCCGGGUUACGAAGCUGUUUCUCUUUCUCAUGCCUGGCCUCACCCUCGCUGCCCUCCACACGGCGCCUGCGGCUGCAGCAGCGGUGGGCCGCGCCAGUUUGGUAUCUGCCUGCCUCGCCGUGGCUUUCUCCUUCCCCUUGAAGGCUUCCUUUGACCGAUUGCGCCCCGCCGCCGCACUGGGCCUGGACACCAAGCGCAGGGCUCCGCUCCUGCGACCCUACAUCCAGGCCAUGUGCCAGGGCGGCCAAAGCAGGGAGGCGCUCCCAUCCUCAGAUGCUGCAGUCAUGGCCGCCAAUGCGGUCAUCCUCUGGAGGUGUUGGCAGUCCCCGCCAGCUCCCUGGGCCCCGGCAGCGGUUGCAGUUGGCGCCUUCGCCUUCGCUGCUUUCGGGCGUAUGUACUUCUGGGCACAUCACCUCCUGGACGUCAUCGCAGGCGGCUUCAUGGGUGUCUGCGUGGCGAAGGGUGUCCUUCACCUUGGUCUGCACCAUUCCAACCGCGGCGUCCUUGUGUCCUUC